CCUCGCAGCACCGCCUUGGAGGUUUCUUUCCUUGCCGUCCCUCCUGUCCUGGCGGGUUAUGCCGAGCCGGGAAUGGAGGUUGUCUAAACAAAGCAAAAUCUGUUGCUUAAUAUGAAGAAAAACAGAGGUCGGACAGGUCGGAAGAGAAGAAGAAGGCACUUGCAGAGUUUUGUGGGUGGAGUCAACUGCAGUCACAAGGUGGAAUACAUUAAACUCAAGAAGUGGCUAAAAGACAGAGGAUUUGAAGACAGCAUUUUAAGGCCAGCAGAGUUCAGGGAGACAGGACGAGGACUGAUGGCAACAAAAGCUCUUCAGGCAGGGGAUCUCAUCAUUUCUCUGCCUGAGAAGUGUUUGCUCACCACAAGCACCGUCCUUAGCAGCUGCCUGGGAGGAUACAUUAAGAACUGGAAGCCUCCUGUAUCUCCUUUGAUGGCGCUGUGCACGUUUUUAAUAGCAGAGAAACACGCUGGCCACAAAUCCUCCUGGAAGCCCUACCUGGAUGUUUUACCCAAGGCUUACACUUGCCCUGUUGGUUGGGAGCACCACGUGCUGAACCUCCUCCCAGAACCUUUAAGGAAGAAGGCUCAGGAGCAGAGAACAACCAUCCAUGAGCUUUAUUUGUCUUCCAAGGGUUUUUUCUCCUCCCUGCAGCCUUUGUUUGCUGAGGACACGGGAAGUAUUUUUACCCGCAGUGCUCUGGAGUGGGCUUGGUGCACUGUUAACACCAGGACAAUAUACAUGAAACAGCCCCCGAGGGAGUGCUUUUCUCUGCAGCCAGAUGUUUAUGCACUGGCACCAUAUUUAGACCUGCUAAACCACAGUCCAAAUGUUCAGGUAAAGGCUGCAUUUAAUGAGCAGACAAGGAGCUAUGAAAUUCGGGCAAAUUCCCAGUGCAAGAAAUAUGGAGAAGUUUUUAUCAACUAUGGACCUCAUGAUAAUCAGAGGCUGCUCCUGGAAUAUGGAUUUGUUGCCAGGGAUAACCCUCACAGCAGCGUUUAUGUCUCAUCAGAUACUCUCCUCAAAUAUCUUCCACCACUGGACAAGCAGAGAAAGGCAAAACUGUCCAUUCUAAAGGAUCAUGAUUUCCUAGAGAACCUGACCUUUGGCUGGGAUGGACCAUCUUGGAGACUCCUCACAGCCCUCAAGUUGUUAAGCCUUGGAGCAGAUGAAUUUGCCUGCUGGAGGAGGGCACUGCUUGGGGACGUCAUUUCAGCCAGAAACCAAGAGCAGACCUGGAAAAUAACAACCCAAAUAUGUCAUUUCUUAAUAGAGGAGACCCAGCGUGUCCUUCUCCAGAUUUCCCAGCUGAGAAGGAGCACAGGGAACGUCCCCCCUCAGCUGGCUCUGGUGGAAAAGCUGCACUUGGAGGGGCUGAAGAUUCUCCAGAACUCAGCUGAGCUUCUUUGCACCUGGGAGGUGGCCACCCCCCUGCAGCUGGAAUAGCUGUGCUGCAGUGAAGAUCAUUUACCAGGGAAUUCUCCACAGGGCAUUUCAGGGCAGGACCCUCCUCUGAGCUGCAUAAACUAUGCUGUGAUUAUUUUCCCCUCGUGGGGGAUUCACAUUUCACGGAACAUUUCCUUGCUCUUUGCAGAGUUUUUAAAGAAUGAUGUAGAAAAAAAAAUGUUUAUUUUUGUGAGUCUGCUGCUUCGUUUUCCACGAGACUGCUCUGCUUUUGAAACAAAUGGAUUUGAAGCAGGGAAGGUGUUCUGGGGAGUGACAGAAUUUAAGGAAAAAAUGCAACAAGUGGAAACUGUGAAGUGUUCCCAGCUCAGCUGCACUUCCAGGCUGUCCUUGGGACCUCAUGGUGGACAAGAACGUUGUUCACAGAAUUCCAGAAAAGUUGGGGUUGGGAGGGAUCUUAAACAUCAUCCAGUCCCAACCCCCUGCCAUGGGCAGGGACACCUUCCACCAGCCCAGCUUGCUCCAAGUUUAUCCAACCUGGCUUGGACACUUCCAGGGAUCCAGGGGCAGCCACAGCUUCUCUGGGAAUUCUAUCCCAGCCCCUCCCCACCCUCCCAGCCAGGAAUUGUCCAGCCCGUGUGGAUGUGGCCCUCGAGGAUGUGGUUUAACUUAGAACGUGGCUGUGUCGGUUGAUGGUUGGACUUGAGGAGCUUAAAGGUCUUUUCCAACCUUAACGACUCUGAAGCACUUCCUGGGCUGAGCUGGCUGUGGAUUUGGGAAUGCUGUGCCAGUCUCACUGCAGGGAAUCCCUCCCAGCUUCCCUAAAGCUCCUUCCGUGCCCCUGACUUUGUCAAGCAGGGCUGAGACCCCACCCUGUGAGUUUGACCUCUUGCCUUCCUUUAAUAAAACCUUUUUCAUUCUCCACCA